AUGCUAGGUCUAGAUGCUUUUUUAUGGCCAGAUUGGAUGCUGAUAGCCAGAUACACGAAAUCGUCUUCCUCUUGGAGAUACUUGCGGAUUCAAAGGGGUGGAGUUGUCUGGCUGGAUGUAUCUUCAAUGACUCACGUCCAAUUGGCUGUAUCGUUUGUGCGAGAAUGUUUGAAAAAACGAUCGCUUUCGUUGGCCCUAGGUGCGUUUUCUUUUUCCUUCGUAUGGUUUCGCCGAUGUUCCCGCUCUCUCUCUGGGGAUUCGUUUGGGCACUUUUUGGUAUCGCAGUCUCAGUUGACUUCGGACUUUCGCACUCGCACUCGCCUUGUCUUUCCUGUUGCAGUAAAGUUCAUCACAUUCGCUAUUUUUGAACAUGAAAUUUCUCUAUGUCUACCUGCUCUUCAACUUGCCAUGAAAAGGUCGCUUUUUAUUUGUUUUCCGCCUACACUCGAUGUUUCCUUUGCCUUUAUUGCUUUCAUUCUGGAACGCCGUUCGGUGACGUGUAUGCAGGCACAGUCAACUUCUGGAAUCUGUCAACGGAUUAGCAGUAAGCACCGGUUUAGAAGGCUUCAACUCCUCUAUUCAGAACCAGCUGCAUUUUUGAGCUACCAACUGCCCUGUCUCUUCUCCUGA